AUGGCUAUCGUCAAUCAUAUGGAGAAAUUUACCUACGUUUAUACUAGCCAACCUGGUAGUAUGCAGGUUUUUAAACAGUCAAACUUUUGGAGUGAAGUCAUGGAUAAUCCAGCCCUACGCUUUCCAAAUGAUACACACAUACUAGGUAAUUCUGCAUUCCCUUUAAUGCCAUGGUUGCUUGUGCCAUUUAAGGAGCGCAUGACUCAGCGGCUUACUAGACCUCAACGACAAUACAAUAACGUACAUUCAUCUGCUCGCAUGGCUGUGGAGAGAGCGUUUGGGAAACUUAAAGGCAGAUGA